AUGAAAUAUUUGCAAUUGAUAUUAAUUAUAGGUCUAACAGUUGCAUUAAAGACAACAGAUUAAUCUAGAAUACUGGAUCCAAAUGAUUUGAUGUUUUAAUAAAAAGAUAUUUCAUCAUCUAUAAAUAUUUAAGAAUAAUCAUUUGAAACAACAGAUCAAUAAAUUUUGGUCUAAGAAGAUGUUAUUUAAAAUAGUGUAUAGCUUAUUUUUUAAAAUUAGAUUAAUGAAGUAAUGACGGAGGCUGAAUUAUAGCAUGCAUUAAUUACUAAAGAUGAUUUAAGUGACAAGCCUGAUAUUUAGAUGGGAACUUAAAACGCAUUUUUUUUAUAAAAAAGAAAAAAUUGA